GAUCUGUAACUGGUGAACAUACUGGUUCGUUUCAUCCAGUAUGGGGACUCUCAUUCUCACUCUCCUCCCUUUAUCCCUCUCUUGUUCACCGCGAGCGCUAACUCUCCAGGGUCAGACUCGCUGCCCUUUCAAAACCCACUUCGUCAAUCCCUUUUCAUGGCCUCUCAAAUCCACAAGACUUCGCAGUAGAACUGUUGUCUUUGCUGGUAAUCCGCGUGACCCGAAAGAGUCUCAGUUUUUCAAUGAAGACGGUGUCGUUGAAGACAUGGAUGGCUACCUCAAUCAUCUCUCUCUCGAAUACGACUCUGUUUGGGACACCAAGCCAUCCUGGUGUCAACCUUGGACAAUAACACUCACCGGAGUACUAGUGAUUGCCUGUAGCUGGCUAGUUUUGCACUCGUUUGUGGUUACAACGAUCUUAAGCAUACUGAUAUGUGCAUGGUGGUACAUUUUUCUCUACUCUUAUCCUAAGGCGUAUUCAGACAUGAUUGCUGAGCGUCGGGAAAGGGUGACAAGUGGUGCUGAAGAUACAUUCGGUUUGAAGAAGAGCCAAUGAAAUCAACAUUCCCAGUCUUUCUGAAAAAAAUACUGGCACCUGGGUAAAAUUUGUAAUUUGCAGUCUCAUUUUUACAACUCAUCACUGUAGAUUAAAUUCAGAACAAAAGAGCUUCUUCUAUGUCUGUUAAGGAAGCAUAUCCUUCUCUCAGUAUCAAGGCCUGCAGAAGCAAUCUUGUUCUCAACAAGGAUGUCAACUUACAGAAAUGACAUUGCCAUUGUGCCCUUCAAGUUUCUGAAUCAUAGUUUUCUGUUGCA